GCGAUUGGCAAUUCUGGGAAUUCAUAACCUGUCUUUAUAACGUUAAAUCUUUUCUCAAAAUAUACUGAAAAAUUAACAAAACAUGUUAUCAACGAGACAAAUACAUUUCAUUUUUAUAAAUAAAUGGAUUAAAAAGCGAAAUGACAAUCUUUCACUGCGGUUUCUCUCAUCUAAGAUUCAAAAAGAAGCAAAAGUGCGAAAGAAAUGGAAAUCCAUCGUAGGCUUAGAAGUUCAUGCCCAGAUUGCAACGGAGUCAAAGUUAUUUUCUAGCGCAUCCACUGACUUUGCCAGUCCUAUCAAUUCAUGUGUCUCAUUUUUCGAUUGUGCUACACCAGGAACAUUACCUGUACUAAAUAAAAGAUGCGUGGAAUCUGCAGUGCUGACGGGUUUAGCAUUAUCCUGCCGAUUGAACGAGACUUCUCUGUUUGAGAGAAAACACUAUUUUUAUGCAGAUUUACCUGCAGGAUUUCAAAUUACUCAACAAGGACAACCUAUUGCUGUCAAUGGUGAAAUUAAGUUUCAUGUGUUCACUCCAGGAAUACACAAAUCGCCAUAUUUAAAGUCUUCUAAAAUCAAGCAGAUUCAAUUAGAACAAGACAGUGGCAAAAGCUUGCAUGACCAAAAUUUAGCAAGAAGCUUUAUUGAUCUCAAUCGUGCUGGAAUACCUUUGAUGGAAUUCGUGUUUCAGCCAGAUCUAACCGAUGGCGAAGAAGCUGCCGCACUUGUGAAGGAACUUGCAUUUACGUUACAGUUACUGGGUGUUUGUAAUGGCAAAAUGGAAGAGGGAGCUCUUCGUGUCGAUGCUAACGUUUCUGUGACAAGCCGAGACGAUGAUUUGGGUGUUCGGACGGAAAUAAAAAAUAUCGGAAGCGUGCGUGCGGUCGCUGCCGCUAUUAAGUACGAAAUAAGUAGACAAAUUUGUAUCCUCGAAGCUGGCAACGAAAUAUUUAACGAGACGCGCGCAUGGGAUGCUAUAAACAAGGCAACCAUUCCUAUGCGUGAAAAGGAAGAUAAAGAAGACUAUCGAUUUAUGCCUGAAACAAACUUGCCACCUCUGCGUAUACAUGUCAGAGAAGAUUUACCAAAUGAAGACAAUUUAGUCGAUGCUGUAGUAUUGAAAAGACAGUUGCCUGAAUUGCCAGAACAGAUACGUGAGAGAUUAAAGAACAUUUUUAAGAUAUCUCCUGAAAUAAUUAUAUCUCUAAUGAGUGACUUUGUAUUGUUACAAUUAUUUGAUGGAAUAAUAAGAAAAGAUGGCAAUCGUAAACCACAAUUGGUUGCCAAGUUUCUCGUUAUGGAAUUGUUGGGUUUUCUUCAUAAAAAUAAACUAACAGUUGAAUUUUGCUUACUACAUGAAGAUUUUAUUGGUGAAUUAAUUGACUUAUUACAAAACAAAGAAAUUAAUUUAACGAAGGCUAAGAAGAUUUUGUAUGAAUUAAUAUCUGAUCCAAAGAAAUCUCCGAAAGAGAUUGUUGAAGAACAUAAUUGGUUCUUGAUAUCAGAUGAGAAACAAUUGGAAAAGAUGUGUUUAGAAAUUAUUGAGAAAAAUCCGAAAAUUGUAUCGGGAUAUAAGAAUGGAAAGAAAAAAUUAUUUAACGUACUAUUGGGAGAAAUGGCAAAGGUUACAGAUGAUUGUGCAGAUAUGGCUCUUGUUGCAAAAAUUAUGGAAAGAUUAUUAAAAUUAUAGUAAAUGAAGUUUAUAUAAGACAAAUAGCUGAUUUAUGGAAUUAUUUUCUAUACAGAAAUAUAUUGUAAAUAUAAAAUAGUAUAUUCGAGAGCAAAUAAAACAUAAUAAAAAUAAAAUAUGUAAAAAGAAUUCUAGUGAUUACUUACCUUUUAAUAAAUAUGUACGAUGCAGUUGCUUUUUGCACAUACGCGGUUCUUAAAUAUAA